AUGGAGAAUAAUAAUCAAGAAAAAAUAAUGGGAGAGUCAAUACGAGUCAUUUGUCGGAUUCGGCCACUUAAUGCUCUCGAGAAAUCAAAAAACAGCCCGACGUGCGUCUCAUUUCCUGGAUCUAAUGCCAUUUCUGUUGGAGGAAAGCAGUACACAUUUGACAGUGUCCUUCAACCAAACGUCUCUCAACAACAAGCCUAUGAGGUGAUAGGAAGGCCUAUAGUUGACUCCGUUCUCAACGGUUACAAUGGAACCAUCUUUGUAUAUGGUCAAACUUCAUCAGGAAAAACGCAUACUAUGGAGGGGAGGUUGAAGGAUCCCGAGCAUCAAGGAAUUAUUCCGAGAAUUAUUGAAGAGAUCUUUGAACAUAUAGAAAAAAUGGAUGGAAAUUUAGAAUUUGUGUUAAAGGUUUCAUAUUUUGAAUUGUAUUUGGAGAAAAUUAAAGAUCUUUUCGACGGUAUGUCUAAUUUGAAUAUCAAAUUUCUUAGUAACAAAGGACAAUCUGCCUGUGAACGAAGACAAAAAUAA